AGCCAUCCCCCGCCCUUCUAUGGCCAGAAGGCUACCGACCACCACCCUCCGCCUCUUCAGCCGUCGUCUCAACACCGCCUCCUCCUCCUCCUCCAUUGCCGCCGGUUCCCGUCCCUCUAAACCCGAACCGGCCGCGCCGACGAUCGUGGACCUCGAUGAUCACCGAAAGCUUUUCUCAUCCGUUUCGACGUGGAAGCUUCUGCGUUCCACGGUCAACCUGGGGUUGGUCGCGAACGAGAUGUUCGUUGAUUUCGGGAUGUGGGUUAUGAAUUCCAGGCUCGUGGAAACAGGUCUGGUGCGCGAUGUUAUAUUGAAGACCGUGAAACACACGAUGUUCGAGCAUUUUUGUGCCGGCGAGACCACCGAGGAGGCCGGCAAGUGCGUCCGGAAAAUGCACGAAGCCGGUUUGCGAGGGAUGCUCUCUUACGCCGUCGAGCAGACAAGCAAUAACGACGGCUGCGACCGGAAUUUGGAAGGCUUUAUUCGCAGCGUGGACCUCUCCAAGUCCCUUCCACCUUCUUCUGUAAGCUUUGUGAUUGCAAAGAUAACAGCAAUAUGUCCCAUAAAUCUUCUAAGAAGAGUCAGUGACUUACUCCGAUGGCAAUACAAAGAUCCAUCUUUCACUCUUCCAUGGAAGCUCAACACUCUCCCAAUUUUCACCGACAUAAGCCCUCUUUACCACACACUCCGAAAACCAGAACCAUUAACACCCCAAGAAGAACAAGACCUCGAAUUAGCCCACAAGAGACUUCAAGAUCUCUGCCGGAAAUGUGUCGAUCUCAACGUGCCGUUAACGAUUGACGCUGAGGACACAUCGUUGCAACCCGCCAUCGAUUACUUUACCUACUCCUCGGCGAUCAUGUACAACAAAGACGGUAACGCCACCGUUUACGGCACGAUCCAAGCGUACUUGAAAGACGCCAAGGAGAGGCUGUUUACUGCGUCUAAAACGGCCGAUAAACUUGGCGUGCCGAUGGGGUUUAAGAUGGUGAGGGGUGCUUACAUGUCUAGCGAGAAUAGAGCGGUUUCGAGAUUCGGCUACGACUCGCCGAUUCAUGACAGCAUCGACGAGACACACUCGUGUUACGACGAAUGUGCCUCGUUCAUGCUCGAGAGGAUUGCGAACGGCAACGACGCGGUCGUGCUCGCGACUCAUAAUCUUCAGUCGGGGAAACUGGCGGCAUCGAAAGCACGGGAUCUGGGGAUUCGAAAGGGGAAUCCCAAGCUGGAAUUCGCUCAGUUGUAUGGAAUGUCAGAAGCCUUAUCGUUUGGUUUGAGAAAUGCAGGGUUUCAAGUGAGCAAAUAUUUACCCUACGGACCAGUGGAUAUGGUGAUGCCGUAUCUUUUGAGGAGAACCGAAGAGAACAGAGGAUUGCUAUCUACUUCAAGUAUCGAUAGAGUUCUCAUUAGGUAA